AGCCAGACCCCUCUCCACACGUACUCUAUAUCGGCUCAACACACACGGAGGAGAGCCACGUGGCAGGGAAAGACGACGGCGCAACGUCGUCGCGUCGCCUUCUUCGCAUCUUCUGAAUAUUUCAGAAGAAGGAGAAUUAUUGUAGUUGAAGACUUUAUUUUUUCCUGGUAACCGGCAAGAAGAGAUGGCAAAGGAGUUCCAGUUCAAUUGGAAGCCCACUAUUAUCCCUGAACUUCUUCAUGGAUCGGUUUUCGAUCGAUAUGAUGAUGAAAGUACGUGUCUGGAACUAAAUGCUCAAGUUCGAAUUGACGAGAACGGUUUCUUUCUCCGGUGGCUGAUCGAAGGAAAAGAUGCUGUCGUACUCGAUAUGGGCCAAAUAUGGGAAGCUCGCACGGGCGGCCUACCCAAAGACGGCCGAAUUAUGUUCGAAUUGGAGCAGCGCGGAGCCAGCGAAACGAUAGCUGAACGCACGAUAUGGAUCACGCAUGGCCAGGAUUUAGUCAAUGUUCAGUCGUUUUUUCUUGUCGCCGAAAGUGUCGAGUUGGCAAAAACGUGUAGAGCGGGCAUUAAUGAUAUUCUAAAGUCGUCCAGAAUACGACACGUGUGUCCAACUACCCAAUUGAUGAAAUACCAUACAUGGCUCACCAUGAAUGUCAACGAACGACGAAAAAUCCCGAUCAAGUUGAUAAUCAAAACAUUUUCGUCUGGAAAACCUGAAAAAAUGGUUCAAAAGUGUCUAAAUGACUUGGGUCUUGGAGGCGAUAAGGAGCGCGAAGAACUUGACGUCGACAUCCUCACCUUUGAAAAAUUCCAGAGGCUCUAUAACAAGAUUUGUCCGAGAACCGAAGUUCAAGAGCUGUUUGUUAAAUUAUCCGGACAGAAAGAGUACCUAACCAAAGAGCGACUCAUCAAUUUUCUGAAUGAAGAACAACGUGAUCCACGACUCAACGAGAUCCUCUUCCCAUUUUUUGAUUCUCAGCGUAUCGUUGCGCUUCUCAAAAAACACGAAAACGACAUAAAAUAUCAAGAAGAUGGAAAAAUGUCCGGUGACGGGUUUCUCCGAUUCCUGAUGUCAGACGAGAACCCGCCAGUGUUUCUAGACCGAAUUGAAAUGUUUAUGGAUAUGGAUCAACCGCUGUGUCACUACUACAUCAAUAGUUCCCAUAACACGUAUCUUACCGGACGGCAGUAUGGUGGAAAAUCGUCUUCUGAGAUUUAUCGACAAGUUUUGCUCAGCGGAUGUAGGUGUAUUGAGCUUGAUUGUUGGGAUGGUACUGGUGAAAAUAAAGGAGAACCCAUUAUCACUCACGGAAAGGCCAUGUGCACAGACGUGUUCUUCAAGGACGUCCUGGUACAAAUUCGAGACACCGCAUUUGCCCGGUCGGAUUUUCCAGUGGUCCUUUCCUUCGAAAACCAUUGCUCAAAAUCAAAUCAGCUGAAAAUGGCCAAAUAUUGUAUGGACAUUUUUGGAGAUAUGCUGCUGUCCAAACCGUUUGAAGAUGCGCCUCUUGACCCCGGAGUCUCCCUACCUUCUCCAAACCGCCUGCGAAAGAAGAUCCUUAUCAAAAAUAAGCGAUUAAAAACCGACAUCGAACGUCACCAACUUGACCAAUUUCUGCGGGAAGGCAAACUGGACGAGGAGGACGAGCUGAAUGAGACGCCCGAAGUUGUCGGAGAGGACUCCGUAUCACCUCGAAGCGGCGGGAGCGGUGGCACCGGAGCCCCGGAAGAAGUGGAUGAUGACACGUCCGACGACGACGAUGACCCGUCGGUUCAGACAUCGCUGAACGUGAUGCGCACCAUCCCGACCGUGAACACCACAUCGAACAACGGAUCGAAUCGAUCGGCAAGAAGUUCACUGGACACCCCAUCCCCAUCCGGUGGGAGCCUGAUGGUUCCAGAUAGGGCAACAUCGACAGCGACGUCGAUCAAGAACGCCGUGCUCGCGAGGUCUCCGAACUUCUCCUCGUUGAGACAAAAGUUGUCGUUCAAGCGGAGACAAUCACCACUAGCAGGCGAUCAGCGUGCUCAUCCGGAAGUCGAGCAACCCGUGAGCUCAUCCUCUCCAGCCACACCGUCCAUCAGCGGACCCCCGCCGUGUGCCACGUCAUCAGGUUCAACGUCAUCAAUCACUAUUACCACAACGGGAUGCUCCACGUCAUCGUCGGGACCCUCAAAACAUAUUCUAGGGGGUGAAAUGCCCGCCAAGGAAAACGACGAAGCACAUCCGGAGCUAAAGCAGAAUUUCAUUGCUAAAAAUUUGAAAGGAUUCGGGUUUUCGAAAAAACAACCUGAUUCAUCCACUUCAUUGCUAACCGCAUCACCAACACCGUCCUCUUCAUCGAUGGCCAUGUCAAAUGCGAAUAAUCCGUUCUCCUCCUCAACCCUUAACUCACCCCAACCAAUGGAGAGGUCUCGAAGCGAAAAGCGAUCGUUUCGACAGAAAAAGGGCGGCGUUUUCGGUGACGAACUCCACUCGGACUCGGCCGCACUUAUCGAUUUUAUGCGGACGGCGUCGAGCCGUAAGAAGAAGCCGGUACUGACAAAAGAAGAAGAGGAGCGGAUUUUCGCCGAGUAUCAUUAUACCGGGGCAACUACGAAUAUACAUCCGUUACUCUCUUCACUGGUCAAUUAUACACAUCCUGUCAAGUUUUCUGGAUUUGACGUUGCGGAAGCCAACAACCUGCACUUCCACAUGUCCUCAUUUUCUGAGUCAACCGGUCUCGGCUACCUAAAACAAUCGGCGCCGGAAUUUGUGAACUACAACAAACGACAAUCGAGUAGAAUUUAUCCGAAAGGAGCCAGAGUUGAUUCUUCCAAUUUUUUGCCGCAAAUUUUCUGGAACGCCGGAUGUCAAAUGGUGUCGCUCAACUUUCAAACUCCCGAUGUCUACAUGCAAUUGAACAUGGGAAAAUUCGAGUACAACGGUGGCUCGGGGUAUCUGCUAAAACCAGAUUUCCUCCGAAGACCCGACAGAACAUUCGACCCAUUUUCCGAGAGCCCGGUGGACGGAGUGAUUGCAGCACAUUGUAGUGUUCGUGUCAUCUCGGGUCAAUUCCUAUCGGAUCGCAAAAUCGGGACAUACGUUGAGGUGGAAAUGUACGGACUACCUACUGACACUAUUCGUAAGGAGCACAAGACGAAGGUAAUACCCGGGAACGGACUGAAUCCAGUUUACAACGAGGAUCCGUUUGUCUUCCGAAAAGUUGUGCUCCCCGAGCUCGCCGUGCUCCGGUUCGCCGUCUACGAUGAGAACGGCAAGCAGCUGGGUCAGCGGAUUCUUCCGCUGGAUGGGCUUCAGGCAGGAUAUCGGCAUAUUUCGCUGAGGUCUGACACGAAUCAGAGCUUCAUUCUGUCACCUGUGCUCUUUGUGCAAAUUGUGAUCAAGACUUAUGUGCCGGAUGAGCUCAGUGGCCUCGUCGAUGCUCUCGCCGACCCACGAGCAUUCCUCUCGGAGCAGAAAAAAAGGCAGGAAGCCCUGGCUCACAUGGGUGUUGACGAUAGUGAUAUUCCUGAUGUGCCCAACACCAGGAAUAUGGCUCUCCGACACGUGAAACAACCUCCAAGGCAGAACGGAUCGUCAGCUGAUCUGCUGGCAAACAACGGCCAAACUGGGUCGGCUAGGGGUGAUCAGACCAGCUCGAUGGCUUCAAGUACUAUUCGGUCACCCAACGAACAACCGCAGCCAGUGGCUGUGGAUAAAUUUAAGGUUGACCCAAUCGAAGUUGACGAUUUACGACGAGACAAAGCUUUUGCAAAAUUGCUCAAGAGAUUUCAAAAAGAGUUGGAUGAUCUCAGGAAGAAACAUCAGAAGCAGAGGGAUAGCAUUCAAAAACAGCAGCAAACCAACGUCGACAAGCUCAUCACAAAUAACCGACGUUCCACGAAAAAAGAAAAAGGCUCAAGGAGAUCCCUGACGGCUUCAGUAUCAUCUGGAUGUGGAAGUGCAUCUGGAACUGUGACUGUCAGUGUUUGCAGUCCUUCUGGCGCGAGUUGCAGUGGGUACUCCACUGGGGGUCCUUCGACACCGGUGGCAUGUAACUCUGAUGGUACCGGGUCUCCAGCGACUAUUGGAAGUCCAGUGCCACAAGAUUUGGUCAAUAAUGAUAGGGUCCGAUCUCUCGUGAACACUCAAACCGGAGAAUGGUCCGCUAUGGUCCGUAGACAUGACGAGGAAGAGUUUGAGCUGAAAAAAGUACAGCUCAAAGAGCAAUUCGAUCUGCUAAGAAAACUCAUGAGUGAAGCUCAAAAGAACCAAAUGUUGGCUCUGAAGCUCCGGUUAGAAGCCGAAGGGAAAGAUCUAAAGCAGACGCAGACGAAAAAAAGCAUGGAAGAUGCGAAAGUUAUUCAAUUGGACAAAGGUAUUAAGACCAAGGCAGAACGUGAUCGUCGUGUCAAGGAACUCAACGAGAAGAACCUGAAAAUGUUUGUGGAGGAGAGGAAGAGAUUAGCCAUGAAAGCCCAAAAGCACGAAGAGCAACUCACAAAACGACAUCUCGACCAGCUCGAGCAACUAGACAAGGAUUUCCAUAAGGCCUUGGAUGCGGAGGUCGGCAACUACAAAGAAGAGCAACUGGCUGCUCAACCGACUUCUGUCGUUUGAUUUAAGAUUCAUGCCAACAACUUUUUAAACAUUCCUCCCAGUAAAACACUUCUACGAAACGUGUCAGUAGGCGAGCACUUGCAUUAUCGAUUUUUUUUACUUUAGAUUAUCGAUAUUUUCCAGGAAAAAUCGAUAAAUCAAUAGCAUUUUUUUCAAAAGAGUAUCUUAUUCAAUUAUUAAAUAGAAAAACCCCAUGAACAAACAAACAGACAAACAAAAUGCUUAAUUAUCAGAUUCCCACUCCCGAUUCCGUUCCAUCCAAAUGUUUCAUUCCUUUCCUCACAAUUUUUGGGUAUUAUUUUUUUUCAGAAAUUCAGAUUAGUGGUAUUUUUUAUAUAUUUUAUCUGUUCUCCCCAUCCCGUUCCGCGUCUUGAAAAAAAUUUCACGAAGUUCCGCAAAUUCUCUCUCUCUAUUGCCACUAUCUCUUCGUGUCCUUUUCCCCUGCGAUUCUGGUAUUUUUUGAAAGUUUCCUAAUUUUUUUUGAUUUGAAAAUGAAAAAAGUUUUAAUGAAAAUUAUAU